UCACGAUCAGAGGCAGACUCUGGUUGGUUCAAACCCAAACACAAUCUUCGAUAAUGGCCUGACAGUCAGGAAGCUGCAUUUCCCGGAUAAUAUACCGGUCAAUAAAGGCCGCUGUGGACGUCGCCGCUGUCACCACUGAUGGGACUUGUUGUCGGGGUUGUGGAAAAUCGGGAAACGACCUUUGAUCGGUAGCUGAUGGGGAUGAAGGCAGGUUCCCCGAGGUUACUUUAAUCAUUUUCUGUUUGUCAGGUCUUUGUUGUGUCGAGCGCUGUCGGCACUGCGGGUUUAGGUUUGUGCUGGAGGAUAGCCAUAGGUCACUGGCAUGUAUUUAUCCAGUGUGGAGCUGUGGAGAACAUACUGGGAGUCUGUUUCCAGGCCGUACACGGUGUUCAUCUGCUCCGUGACCGCUGCUCUAUACUAUCUGUGGGGCCGCAAGUGUGAGACUCCUGCCUUGAUAUGUAGCGAAGCUUUUAGUGUAUUCCUCAAAAAGCACUGUCCUGUGGUAGCCGAGCGCUUCUGUCCCACUCCCUGGUGCUGGGGAGGACGGUUGCAGACCCUGGUCUGUGCGCUCCUUAAAUCCAGACCCCCUGUCUCUUAUCGCAAUGAGUUGAUUCGUACAACAGAUGGUGGUCAGAUCUCCUUGGACUGGGUUGACAAUCAUACCAGUGAGACCUACCCGGACUCUUGCGCGCGACCUACUGUGCUCAUCCUCCCAGGACUGACGGGGAACAGCCAGCAGCCCUACGUGCUUCAUGCUGUUAGCCAGGCAACAAGUCGGGGCUACAGAUGUGUGGUGUUCAACAACAGAGGAGUAGGAGGAGAAGAGUUGUUGACCCCAGUCACCUACUGCGCUGCCAACACUUCAGAUUUGGAGCAAGUUGUGCAGCAUGUGAAAAACAUGUACCCUCAGGCUCCGGUUCUGGGUGCUGGUGUAUCUCUUGGAGGUAUGAUAUUGUUGAACUAUCUGGCCCGUAAGCGCACAGAGUCGGGAAUGGUGGCAGGCAUCACCAUCUCCGUCGCCUGGGAUGCGCUGAAGUCGUCCGACUCAAUGGAGGAGCCUCUCAACUGGCUCCUCUUCAACAAACACCUCACUAACGGCCUUCGCCAAAAAGUCACCAGGCACAGGAAGAUUCUGGAGAAAGUGGUGGAUGUCGACUAUGUCUUGAAGGCGCGAACGAUCCGGGAGUUCGACGAGCGUUUCACUUCGCAAGUAUUCGGCUACAAGUCGUGUAUCGAUUACUACCGCGAUGCCAGCCCAGCUAAGAAGCUCCCCCACACUGCCGUGCCCAUCCUGUGUCUCAAUGCUGCCGACGACCCUUUCUCUCCACAGAGUACGUUCCCAGUCUCCAUAGUCCAGACGCUGCCAAACGUUGCCCUGCUACUGACGGCUCACGGCGGACACAUUGCCUUCUUGCAGGGUCUGUUUCCUCGCGGGGAGAGCUACAUGGAGCGCCUGUUCGGUCAGUUUGUCCAGGCGGUCUUUGAACACCCGAAGGACAUCGAGAGAGCCUGCGGCAUGGGGAAAGACGAGCCGAAUCAACAACAUAGUGACGGUGGAGAAAAACCAAGCAGAGAUGUCAGCAGUCAGUGAAGCUUAAUCUUGAAAAGAAGAAAAAAAAAAGUCACUGAAAUGUAUUGUUUUUGUGUUUUUUUUUUUUGCCUUGCAUGCUUUUGGCCGUCCACCCAAAUGUUUUGACGUCAUCUCAGCCCUGCUGAUCUACCUCAGACGGGAGCAAAACAAACUAAUUUAAAAUCCAUUGCAGGGAAAGCCACUUUUCAAGUGUUUAGGUAUGAAGUCCUGAAGCAUGUGAAAAGCUUUUGCACAAAUGAAAGAAAUAUUUUUAAAUGAUUUUUUGGAAUGUUAAUUGCUUCCUGUUUCCCCUCCACCGAAAUCCACCCCGGACACGGAGCAAAGUAAUGUGUGCAAAAAAUAAAAAGCAAAAAAAAAAACAAAAAAAAAACAAUUGCCUUUUUAAACAAAUUACAUAGAAAAAGAAGAAUGUUUAAGAUAGAACUGCUCUACUUUCAUUACUUUCUGGUAUUAAUAUAAAGGAUUUUAAGCAUUGCUUCCUCAUCAAGGUAUUUUAAAUACCUCAAAUUAUGUACUGUUUGCUUGUUUGCAGUUUAGAGUACAUAAAAACGUAAAUGAGUAAAAAGUGUAUAAGACACACACUUGAUCUUUCUGUGCACUUAAAAUAUUAGGUUCUUCUGUCAGGAAGAAUGUGAAGUAUUAAAAAGUUUUGUUUUGCUACGAUUUGCCGUUUGUUGACCGAUUGCAUGUUGUUCAAUGAAAAAGCGACAGAUGAAUGAAGAAAAUUUUGGUCUGUGAAAAUCUACUAGGCUGUUCCUGAAGGCGUUUUGAGAGAUCUCGUUUCAAAUUUAUUUCUUGUGGCAGCACUGACAUGUUUCACGAUUGUAUCGACAUGUUAAAGUAGGAUGAACGGGUCCUACUUCAACGUGAUAAAAAUCCAGGUGGGAAUGAAGUUUUAUUCAUCACAGAUGCCUCCAUUAUUUUAUAUUUUAGGUCACUCUUAGUGAGAAGUGAUUUCAUGCAUCAUUUAUGGCCAUGAAUAAAUCAUUGCAGCUAAAAUUGUUCAUUGUUGGCCUUUAACAACGUGUACCUUGACAUUUCAUUUUUUUGCUCAUGUUUAAAAUGGGUUUUUAUGUUUUUGAGUGACAUUGUUGCCCUUGUUUCACUUGUCAGAGCUAUAAACACAAUCAUACUUUUUAUUGUUAUUCAUUAGACACACAUAUAAAUACACAAAUGUGUAAAUAAUUUGUUCUAUGUUGAUGUACUGAAUCUUGUAGAAACAAAUAAAGAAUGGCAUCUGAAGAGUUUA